AUCCAGAUGAUCUUUAAGGUCCCUUCCAACCGUAACCAUUCUAUGGCAAGCUGGGCAGAGUCCUCAGUGCGUGGCUUGGCUCGACUCAGGAAAUCGAUGGGGUAAAAGCCACUUACUUUGAUGUACGAUUAGUUACCACAAGUACGGGCAGCUGAAUGCCCAGCGCCACAGAUGAGGAGCCACAACCGAGGGCUCUGCGCCAGGCCACUGGCCAUUGUCUUGGUCAGCCUGGAGAGAUGGGGGGAGCCUGAAGUACUUCUGAUGUUCUGCAGUGGGUGCUGGGGGGCUGUGGCAUGUCCAUGGGUGCAUCGCCCGAGCCUGGUUGGCUUCAUUCAAGGGGGCUUGGGGGUGAGGACGCAGCCGGGCCUUGCCCCCCCCGAGCUGGCUCUGCCGCAGCCCCGGGGAUAGGACGGGGGGCGCCUCUCCCCCUCGCUCACAGCGGAGACGCCCGCCCCGGCCCCGGCAGCUGCCGCGGUUCCUGCUCAGCGCCGCCCCCGGCCCCCCCGCAGCGCCCGCCGGCUCCCGCCGCUCGGGGUCUCCGCACCGCUGCCGCUGCCGGUGCGGCGGCGCGGGGGGCGGGCUGGGGGCGGGCCGGGGGCCGCGGCGCGGCCGUCGGGCCCGGCGCGCCGGCUCGGGGGCCGGGGAGGACCAUGCACCGCGCUGCCUCCAACCAGCGCUCGGUCUCCUCCUCCUCGGGCUCCUUCCAGCUACCGCCGCCGCCGCCGCCGCCGCCGCUGCCGCACGCCGCCGACCGGCAGCCUCUCUUCCCGGGGGGCUCCAGCAGCGGCGGCAGCCGGCGGGGCUCGGGGUCGAGCUCGGGCUCAGCUCGGGCCCGCCGCACCCGCAGCCCCCGCAGCAGCACCGAGGAGGAGGAGGAGGAAGAAGAAGAGGAGGAGGAGGACAGCAUCAGCAUCAGCAAGCCUCUGGUGCCGCCGCUCGCCGCCCCGCAGCCCGCCGCCGCCUCGCCACUCCCUAGCAGCAGCAGCAGCAGCAGGAGCAGCGGCGGGAGCCCGGGCCGCAGCAUGACGGCGGCGGAGCUGUACGGGGCGGCGGCGGGCGGCGGGGCGGCGGGCGGCGGGGCGGCGGCGGCGGCGCUGCUGGGGCCCGGCGGGGCGGCGGGCGGGCGGCGCUGGGGCUUCCAGGCGCUGUCCCUGGUGCUGCUGCUGGGACAGGGCGCGCUGCUGGACCUCUACCUGAUCGCCGUCACCGACCUGUACUGGUGCAGCUGGAUCGCCACCGACCUGGUGCUGGCGGCCGGCUGGGGCAUCUUCUUCUGCCGCAACAGCCGGGCGCGCCGCCGAGAGCGGCCCCCGCCGCCCCCCGGGCCGCCUCCGCCGCACCCGCUGCUGCUGCACGGCCCCCCCGGCGGGCGCGGGGCCGGGGGCCGGGCGGGCGGGGUUCCCCCCCGCGGCGGCGACUUUGCCUACGCGCACCUCGCCUGGCUCAUCUACUCCAUCGCCUUCACGCCCAAGGCGGCGCUGAUCCUGGGCACCUCCAUCCUGGAGCUUAUCGAGCUGCGCCUGCCGCUGGGCACCACCGGCUUCCGCAUCACGCUGGCGCUCUCCGCCCCGCUGCUGUACUGCCUGCUGCGGGCCAUCGGCACCGAGGGCGCCGGGCAGCUGCUCCUGCCGCCGCAGCCGCCCCCGCAGCACCGCGCCGCCGCCGCUUUCCUCGCCACCUGCCUCGACCUCCUCGACAGCUUCUCCCUGCUGGAGCUGGUGCUGCAGCCCGGGCGGCCGGCGCCGCUGCCUGCCCCGCUGCGCUACCUCCUCAUCGCCGUCUACUUCCUCUGCCUGGCCUCGCCGGUGCUGUGGCUGUACGAGCUCAGCGCCGCCCGCCCCCCCGGCGCCGCUCGCCUCGCCCUCCACCUCCUGCUGCCCGCCGGGCUGCUGGACGCCCCGCUCCUGGCUCUGCGCUGCCUCCUGCUUCUGCGCUACCAGCAGCCGCUCUCCCUUUUCAUGCUGAAGAACCUCUUCUUCCUGGCCUGCCGCGGCCUGGAGGCGCUGGAGACCUGCUGCCUCCUCCGCCCCGCCGCCGCCCCGCCGCCCGUCAAGUACGGUCCCGGCGCUGCCGCUCCCGCCGCCGCCGCCCCGCUGGCCCACGGGCUCUCGGACGCCGACGUGGGGCCCCACGGGUACGUGAACGCCUUGGCGGUCACCGCGCAGGGCUGAGCCUCCCCCGGGCCGCCUCCCCCCCCGCAGUGUCGCUGCGGUCCUGCUCAGGUUCCCGCAGCCGCGGCCGAGCAGGGGAAGGGGUCGCGGGCUGCCCCGCCGGGCUCUCGCUCUCCUCCCUGUCCCGCGGACACAUCCAGCAGCGGAAGCUCAGCGAAAACCCGACUGCGUGCACGGGCCUACGGCUGGCGCUUGUCCCUGGAGAACACACCUGCCCUUCACGUCGAGUCCUCCCCCCAGUGCUCCUGCCCCUCCGUGCUGUUCGGGGGAUCCCGCUCUUCCCCUCCCGCUCCCCACCAGGACAUCGCGCUGCUUUGUGACCAUAAAAGUUUAGUUUUUCCUUUCCCUCCUACACAACAAACAGGGACCAAAUGGUGGAUUUUGUCCCCUUCGUUAAGAACUCCUGCUGACCACAACAAGAUGCGAGAGGGCCCUGGCCAGCAGGGACGUGCCUUUGGGGUGCGGGCAGGGCAAAAGGAAGCUCGCUUUGGUUUCACUAGGUCUUGCAAAGCUGCUGCCUCUGUUUGCUAGCAGCAUAGAGUGUCCCAGCUGGAGCACCUCUGGGAGCAUGCCAGCUAGCUGGUCAUUUCAAGCCUGGGAGCCACUUUCUCCAAGCCAAAACCGUCUACCUCUGUGCUUCAACCUUUUGCAUCUGACGUUGACUUCACAUGCUAAAGAAACACGCAAAUCCAGCAUGGACAUAAUACAGGGGCUUAGGCUCCAUUUCACUACCACCGAGACAUUUACUUUUGGUGAGAACAGGGUUUACAGCAGCCUAUUGCUUGCUUCAGCCAGCAGCACCCAGGUGCUGGGGCUCUCAUUUCUGUGAAUAUGCAUGUUUAUGGGAUUAGCAUUGGUUUUCUUUUAUGCAGAGUGUACUGUCUCCCUAUCCAUAAGCCAGGAAAGCCAGAAAGAUUUCCUCUGGCCCCCUUCCAUGUCUGCAUGAGAGUGCAGAGACAGGGCUCAGCCUGCAAACUGCCCCAUCCCAAACAGCAGAGCAGAGGAUGCUGGUGCUGCUCAGGGUGGGCACAAGGUUUGGUGAGCCUUGCACUUCAGUGCAGAAAGCAAGGACACCCAAGCUUUGGUGAAAGCCCGUGUACCAGCAUCCUGUCCUCCAUGUGCAUGUGGGUAAGGUUAGGUGGGGGAAAAGUUAAUUGUUAGUAAUCUCUCAUAAAAAUAUGGUUAUCUUUGGUUUUAAGCUCCAUGAACGUUUGGUGGGGGUUAAAGCUUGCUCUUCUGUCUGGCUACAGCUGCUCCUGAAACCAGCUCAAUGGAAGCUGGAGCACAGAGGCCACAUUUGGAGGAAGCACUUUGCCCCUCUCUAUAUUUUGUUACCUGGGCAAGGCUGCAUCCAUUGGGAAAAUGACAAUUUCACACCCUGAGCCUCUUUUCGAGCUGUCCUGACAGGAAGGGGAAGUAAAGCACAACCAACUGCUACCCAGAGCUAGCAGCAGGACUGCAAGAACAGCCCAGACCUCUCCUGCACGCACCCAUUCUUUCCUUCAGGGCUUGGGCUUCAGUGGGACCGAGCCUCUAUCCCACUUCCCAUUUCACAGGGUUGGAUCAACUGCCUGCUCCGGUGUAUUCCUACGACAAAAUGUUUACAGUCUGGUGACUUCCAGCUCCCACAGGCAGAAGUGGGGGUGCUGUGGGCUUCUUCUCCCCCAGCUCCUGGUGGCUGAUGAGUUUGGAGGAGCUAGAAAAGCCCCUGGGAAAGCUGGGGCAAUAGUGCUUGUUCUGUUCAGAGCUGCAGCUAUAGGACAGGUGACUCGCUGCUCUCCCCUUGCCAAAUGGAGAGUUGGCAAAGGCCAGGCUUAACUUUCCCACCAGUGCUUUAUUUUUAACCUGAGCCCUUACGUGGGCAAUUAUGUGAAUUUUGGCCAGUGGCCUUUCUCUUCAGUAACUUCUUUUUGUCUGGACAAUCUUGGUGCUGUGAGUGACUGUGAUUGUAAAACUUGGUACUGUGAACUUUUCCUAUGUGAUGUGAGAUGUGUCGAGGGGAUGCUAAGUUCCUGACCGAAGGAGGUGUACUUGCAGGUAGAUUUUGCUUGUACAGAUAUGUUUCCUUGCACCUUCCUUUUUCACCAUUCAGACAGUUAAAGCUCAGCAAGAACUACAGUGUUAUUCAGGAGAGAAUGAGAUGAUACCUGUACCUAGGAGUACUCCAUGCUUCAGUCAAACAGCUGAAGAAAACCCCCCAAAACCAAAAAACCAGCCAAACAACUUUGCCACAAACAAGGUGAAGGGUAAAAAAAAGCUAUUCAUCCUCAACUAUGUUUUGCUGCUCCUAUGGCUGAGGUCAUGAUAGCACAAAAUUGAUAAUCCCUAAUACACUGAAGUGUAAGCAUAGUUGAGACACCACAAGGAUCACAGCAGAAUUAUUGGGUCUUACUUCAGUACCCUUCCAUAGCGCUUAACAAAGCUGCUGUUUCAACAGUGCCUUUUUCCAGUUAGGACAUUAUUGAGAAAAUGGCGUAUUUGAAGUUUAUCUAGCCAUGGCAUACACAAACAAUUGACAGGGACAUCACAGUUCAGGUUUGUCCGUAGCUGCAAAGGUUGCCUGGGACAAAUGGCCUUGCCAAAUGAUGCUUCUGUUGCAUAGAAUUCUUUUGUAGAAAGAGCAGAUCGCUGUAGUGCCAUGGUCUCUAGGUUGUUAGUGAACGUGCUGUUUGGAGAGUGUAAAGCUCUUGUAGUAGCUGGCAGUACAGAAGCCCCCUUGCAAGGAAAAGGGCAGCUCUGCUGCCACUUAGUUACUUACUAGAGAAAUACUUAAAGCUCUUCAAUGUCUUGUUUAUAAGCCUGCUCCUCCUUUUGAAUACCCUUCCCUUUGGUAAUCGAGCUCUCGCCUCUGUUUAAACCCUUUGCCUCAAUAAUAGAUCUGGUUGCAGAAGAGAGUAACAGUGGUACCAUUAAUGUGCAAACAAUACCUCACCUGAUGCACCUUGCACACCAACCAUUUAUCCUGCCAGCAUUGAAAUUAUUGUUCCAGGUCAGUAAAACUUUGCCAAAUGAUGUUGUGCCAUAACACCCCUUGGGAUUCCAUUACAAGCCUUUUAACACAACCAGCCAUUUUGCAUGUUACUGCUCUCUGUUUGCUAUCCUGACAAAAGAGAUGACUACUCCCAGGAGGAGAAAUUGAAGUGAGAGAAGGCCUGUGGCCAGUGGACAUUGGCAUCCCCCUAGCAUUAAUCAGAACUUGUAUUUUUUAAAAAGCAAGAUUGUUAAAAUAAAACUAGAAACUUGUGAGUGA